AUGACCAACAUGUACGCGUCGUACAACAAGACCAACAGCAUCGGGGCGCUCAUUGGCAACUGGGUGGAAGAAGACGCGCUGCAGGACCGAACGGGCUACUCCCGACGAAAAAUCCCUGCUCCACUAUUCGCACCAGAUCGGAAGGAGUCUCGCAUCGAGUCGACCCACAAGCGCGUUCUGCUUCACGAGUCUUCGGUGGGGCUGACCUGCAACAGCCACGCGAGUGAGAUCACGCCCCCGCCCUUCGAGACGACGCUCCAAGCGAGCACGCGGUACGCCGACUUCGCUGCUGAAAAGCCUGGCCCCGGGCCGCGAAGCUCUCUCCGAGACCAGUACUUGGCCGAGACGGCGAGACGCCUGCACAGUGAACAGCGCGCUCGAGAGCGUGAGGAGGAAGAACUCGAACGUCAGGCGGCCGCGCGGAUCACAGUGACGAAAAGCUCCUUCCUGCCUAUGGAUACGUCGGCGCUGGCGAUGAAGCGCGUCCCUCGAGGCCGCAAUGGGGCGCUGGCUCGUCAGGUUGACCGCAAUGUCCAGCACUUGACCAGAGCGGAGACCGACAGCAUUGACCAGAUGAAGCUGGACCUCCUGAAGGGCGCCCCCGUCACCAGGUACUCGUACGCAAUGACCACAGGCGUCGGCCUCGACUUCCCGACCACCGUCUCGGACGGCAGCAACGCCUUUGGUCGCUCCAGCACCUUCACGAACGAGAUCAAUGAUCCGUCCAAGCGCCACGGAGAGGCCACCGAGCCUGGUUGUCUGCACGACGAGCGCAAUGGUGCGAGUGUGCACCAACGAUCGGCACUCAAGAGACUCCUGCACUUGCUCAAGUCGGACCCUGACACGGGCAAACGCCUCAUGGACACGCUCCGACACGGCUCAGUGAAGGCGAAAGGUGGAGAGCAGCCGCAACAGGAGGACGGACGCGAAUACAUCGAGCUGCACGAGUUCCGAGCAGCUUUCUCGGCCACUGGAGCCGCCCUCCCUGCCAAUAGCGCCGUCCGUGGGCUUCCAGCCGUUCUGACGGACAAGGAAGUGAUCCACAUCUUCAUGUACUUCGACGCCGACAACAUCGGCGCUAUCCAGUUAGCAGCCUUCAUGGAUUACUGCGCUAGUGGUGGCGAGAAGCUGCCCUUCAACUCGCAGUAG